UCUUCUUCAUUAAUUUAUUUAUCGUUUAAAACAUUCUAGAUCUGAAAAAAUUAGAAAACACGUUAAGAAAUUUACCAAAAUUUUCCACAAAAUUAAGGAAAUUAAAAUGUACAUUUUUGAUUUGCCAAAUGUGAUGCUAAUCGAAAUUUUCGAGUACCUAAGUUACGACGAAGUGUCCAAAAAAAGAUUGGUAUGUCGACGAUUUGAUCAAAUCGCCCAACAAGUUCUCAAUGGAGGCUUUAAUAAGGUCAUUAAGCAACACAAUGUCAGCUUCAAACGCAUCAAAGCUUUACUGCCAAGACGGGAGUCGGAGAGACGAAAUCACUGCCUAGCACGUCAUGCCGAUAUACUUACUUCCAUUGAGACUAGGAUCUCGAUGCUGUCCAUGACCUAUACAAAAUAUAUGGACUUGAAUUUGUGUUGCUUCAUACCGGGUCGUGUACUUGAUGAGAUCUUUCGCAUUUUACGUCUAAUAUCGAAAACCAAUAAACCGCUGAGACCUCAUGAGGUUUUACAAGAAUUACGCGACAUUUCAUCGAUGGCCAUUGAGCAUUUUGAUGAAAGGAUUGCCAAUAAUCUAAAGAAAACAUUUGUCGAUUCUAGUAAAAUGUGUGGCGGCAGUGGUUAUUGUGCGGAUACUAGACGAUUGGCAGCAACUAGUGGUUUGGGUAAUAUAUCGUUCAAUGGCAUGGAAACUUCUCCCGCAACACUAAAUAGUGCCGCAAUAGCUACAUACGGUAAUAAUACAUAUGUUCUGGAACCUCUCACACAACGUUUAGGUUUUAUUGGAGAACGUCUUAGUGGAAAUUCGCUGAAAACGACUUUAAGUGACAACGAACCUCUACAGGCAUCGUUACCAUCAACAUCUACGGGAAUUUUGGAACAAUAUCAACACCCUGUUGGAGGCUGCCCAGAAGCUCGCACAACUAUGGUUUAUUUUAAGAAACUGGAAACUGAAUAUAAAAAGGGUAUUGUCAAGAUGCAUCGUAUGCAGCAAGUUCAAAAUCUACAGAAUAAGAGAUUGCAACAAACAUUAAGCUCCGUUGCUGAACUAAACGUACAAAUUGUAGAAUUAAAGAAGCGUUUGGAAGACGUUGAUGCUAAGAAUCGUGAAAUAUCGGCCAAUAUAAGGCACAUUAGUGGUGGAGAACCGACAAAAACUGAAAACUUAACCAAUACUACAACAGCCAAAAUUGAUGGCAAUAAUGAAGCUAAAGAUGAAACUUCAUCAUCAUCAUCCCCUAGUACAAGUACAUUAGUAGCACAGACAUCGGAUAACAAUUCGAAUAAACGACGUAUCGAUGUUGAUGGCCAAUUGCUUUCGAAUCCAAAGGAAGAUACUAUCGAUAAACCUGAAGAGAACUGUGAUCUACAAAUGAAAAAGCCCAAACUGCAAUCUUAAUUUGAUCAAAAAUUAAAGUAUUUCACCAUAAUUCUAGUGUUUUUGAUUUCGCUAAAUUAAUUGAUAUUAAUCUAUUGCUUUUAGUUAUAAUUUUCAUAUGCAUACAUAACAUUUUAUAUGUAUGUAUUUAAUUUCCUUUUUAAUAUUUAAAACUAUACACAUACAUACAUACAUAUAUAUUUUUUAUAAAAUAUAUAUUCGUACAUACAAUAUAUAUUUAUCGUUUGCUGAAAUAUAAAACUAACUACGAAUAUAAAAUUUGAUAGAUUUUUUUACCAAAUUUGUCAAAAAUUAACCCAUGCGCGGGUUAAUAUAAUUGGCUUUUACUAUGACAAAUGUUAAAUACUUUUCAUACAAUGUACGAGUCUUUAUAUCCUAAACGGGUACUUUGAGUGAACAUUUUACAAAAUUAAUUAAUAUGCAUUUUCAAUUCAAGAUUUUACAUCAGUAAAAUAUUAAGUAUAGUUUUAUAUUUUAUCUAACGAUAUACAAAUAAAUAUGUUAAAUAAUAUGAAUACAUUAUGAAUUACAUAUAUUAUGAAUUCUUUUAUGAAUAUUAUAAUCAUUUUCUUUUUUAGAAAAAUUAUGGCAGAAAUAAAGAUUUUUUAUAAUUAAAGUA